AAGAGCAGGUCGUGAUCACGUGCAACGGGAAUGGAAGUGUGAAGAUGAUGACGGAGAUGUCAAGAUAAGCGUUUCCCAACGUACAUGUGGCACUCAAUUCCUCAUUGUUUUUUCCUAUUAUUUAGAGCCAAAGAAAAUUUCAAUGUCACUCUCAGAUCUCCCCUCUAUUCUGUUGCACUUUAAGACCCACAACAUACCACCCUCAUUGAUUCAUUCAUACCUGAACAGACGAAAAGUACCAUCAUUUGCCGCCGUCAAUUGUAGAAGAAGAACAAAAAUAACAAAGAUAUGGCUUCUUGUUGCAAUUCUAUGAGACUGGAAUGUUUCUUCUCUGCUGCUUUCAUAUCAUCAAAACGAUCAUUAAAUGCCACUCCCAUCCUUUCUUCUUCUCAUCUCUAUACCCACCGCUUCCCUCUCAGAAGGAAUUCGUCUUCAUUAUCACACUUGCCUUCUUUCACCAUCAAAGCUUCUUCUUCUUCUUCUUCUUCUUCUUCCUCCACCACAAUUGCUGAGCCCGGAGGCGUCAAGAUAAUUUCAGUUCCCACUAAGCCGAUUGAAGGGCAGAAGACUGGGACAAGUGGGCUUCGGAAAAAGGUUAAAGUUUUCAUGCAAGAUAAUUAUCUUUUAAAUUGGAUCCAGGCGUUGUUUAAUUCAUUGCCACCUGAGGAUUACAAGAAUGCAGUGUUGGUUCUAGGAGGUGAUGGACGAUACUUCAACCACGAAGCUGCGCAGAUAAUUAUCAAAAUUGCUGCUGGGAAUGGUGUUGGCAAAAUUUUGGUUGGCAGGGAAGGUAUUCUGUCCACACCAGCUGUUUCUGCUGUAAUUCGGAAGAGGAAGGCUAACGGUGGAUUUAUCAUGAGUGCAAGCCAUAAUCCUGGAGGCCCUGAAUAUGACUGGGGUAUCAAGUUUAAUUACAGCAGUGGCCAACCUGCACCUGAAUCCAUUACUGACAAGAUAUAUGGGAAUACCAUUUCUAUCUCUGAGAUUAAAAUGGCUGAGAUUCCUGACGUUGACCUUUCUCAUCUUGGAAUUACAAAAUAUGGAAACUUCAGUGUUGAGGUCAUAGAUCCAGUUUCUGACUAUUUGGAAUUAAUGGAGAAAGUGUUUAAUUUCGAGCUCAUCAGAAGUCUUCUCUUAAGAUCAGAUUUCAGGUUUGUAUUUGAUGCCAUGCAUGCUGUUACUGGUGCUUAUGCAAAACCCAUUUUUGUGGACAAGCUAGGAGCCAGCCCGGAUUCUAUAUCAAAUGGAGUGCCUCUGGAGGAUUUUGGACAUGGUCAUCCAGAUCCUAAUCUUACGUAUGCAAAGGAUUUGGUUAAUACAAUGUAUUGUGAGAAUGGACCUGAUUUUGGCGCAGCAAGUGAUGGGGAUGGCGAUAGAAACAUGAUUCUAGGUAAAAACUUUUUUGUUACUCCUUCAGACUCAGUUGCAGUUAUUGCCGCAAAUGCACAGGUAGCAAUCCCAUACUUUCGGAGUGGUCCUAAGGGUUUAGCUCGAUCAAUGCCCACCAGUGGUGCUCUUGAUCAUGUUGCUGAAAAGUUGAGUCUUCCUUUUUUUGAGGUUCCCACUGGCUGGAAAUUUUUCGGAAAUCUUAUGGAUGCUGGAAAGUUGUCAAUUUGUGGGGAAGAAAGCUUUGGUACUGGUUCGGAUCAUAUUCGUGAGAAGGAUGGCAUAUGGGCUGUUUUAGCAUGGCUCUCAAUUAUUGCAUAUCGAAACAAAGAUAAGAAACCCGGAGAGAAAUUGUUGUCUAUCUCUGAUGUUGUCAAAGAACACUGGGCAACCUAUGGAAGAAAUUUCUUUUCAAGAUAUGAUUAUGAAGAAUGUGAAUCUGAAGGUGCCAAUAAAAUGAUUGAAUACCUUAGAGAUCUGGUUUCAAAGAGUAAGGAAGGUGAAAAGUAUGGAAAUUAUGUCCUUAAAUUUGCUGAUGACUUUGCAUACACUGAUCCUGUGGAUGGAAGUGUGGCCUCAAAGCAAGGUGUUCGAUUUGUUUUCACAGAUGGUUCAAGGAUUAUAUUCCGUUUAUCGGGAACUGGUUCAGCUGGUGCUACCAUUCGAAUCUACAUUGAACAGUUUGAACCAGAUGUUUCUAAACAUGACAUGGAUGCCCAAGUGGCAUUGAAGCCUUUAAUAGAUUUGGCAUUGUCUGUAUCAAAGCUGAAGGACUUCACAGGAAGGGAGAAACCUACAGUCAUCACAUAAAGCACACUCAUCCUGAGCCUCGCCUAUCAAAUGCCAUUUGAAGUGACUCUAUUAUGGUUGAGCGUUCCUUCUUUCCUGGCCUCUGUUAAGUUUUGUUUUUAUGCUAGUUAGUCUGGCAUUGUAGAAUCACUCCAUGUAAUUUAUAUGAAAUAUUUAUCUGAAAAUAAAACGUCUAGCUUCAAAUGCUCGAUUCAGUGAAAAUAGAUUGAAAUAGAUGAAAGAUCCAUUUGGACUGAUGCGGAAGGUAAUGUAUCUUCUGACUUGCCGGAGCCAGUUU